AUGAAUAAGCCGAGAAGAAUGGAGAUGUUCGUGAUGGCUUGGAGGUACAAAGAUCGGGUUGUGGAAAAGUUGACUAUUCCUCCAACAAGAAUCACCAAAGAUAAUGGGAAAACAAAUUGGGAUAAAUUCGUAGAGCAGCACAAAGCGUUGCUUGCGGAUGAACAAAAGUGGGUGAAGGACACAACAGAUAAAUGUAUGCUCGCCUCAACUCUAAUCGCCAUAGUAUUAUUUGCCGCUCUAUACAAUGUGCGUAGAGGCAUGAGCGGCAUUACUAGAGUCCCAUUGUUGUUAAGAGAGGGCUCUUUCCGGGUUUUUUCAAUUUCGGAUGCAUUAGGUUUGUUUUCUUCUGUGAUGGCCAUGUUGCUAUUCCUAGCCAUCUUAACAUCGCGGUACGAGCUGCAAGAUUUUCUUGAAUUGUUGCCUAAGAAGAUCAUAAUGGACCUUUGUUUUCUCUUCCUUUCCUUGGCUUUCAUGCUGGUGGCUUUUGCUGCGACUCUCACAAUUGUGCUAGAUAAGAGAUUGGAGUCACUUCUCAUUCCCAUUACUUUGCUGGCCUCUCUCCCCGUGGCAUUAUUCGUAGUACUACAGCUUCCCCUGCUAUUCCGAAUGGUUAAAUCCACUUAUGGACCAAGCAUCUUUCAUCCCGAGGGCAUUUGGGAUGGAGUCAUAUAUACUGAAUAAGAUCAGUGAUUGAUGCAUUUGCUUUGAAGGUAUAGGUCUUUGUUAUAGUUGGUUGUAGCUGGGCCAAUGUGUUAUUUAAUGUAUUUCCUCGAAGUACAUGAACAGUUACUAGGCAAACUUAUGUUUUCUUACCUCGUUCGGAAAGAUCUAUUUAUAUAAUGACUUGAUCAA